AUGACGAGCCCCAAGGGUGCCAGAGACGAGCCCACCGUCAACUUCCGGCAGGCAGACGAGGCAUACGACGAGCUGUCGGCGCCGACCUACGAGGGCCGGGGCAACACCCCCAAGAUGACAGAGGGCAAGUCACACGCCACCCACCCACGCAAGGGGGACCGCCUGUUUGACCGCCAUGAUGCCAGCGGCAGGGCGCACGAGCUGGAGAAGAAGCAUGGCGCCGGCAAGGCAAACUGGGGCGUGGAGGGCGAGGCGCAGGAGGAGCUGGACCUGGCGGUGCAGCAGUCGCUGGCUCGUGAUGCGGAGCUGGAUGCCGCCAACCCGCAGAUGGUGUCGGAGGCGGAUGCGCCGGGGGAGGAGAAUGUGAUGACUCUGGAAGAGUUUGAGGCGCUGCAGCGUGAGCUCAGCAAGCCGGAGCAGGGCGGCCCGGCAUGA